GGGAUCCAAGCACAAUUGCCACUCCCAGGAGUCAUGACCGGCCCGCUCCUGGUGCUCUGGGCAUCUCUGGUGUCUGUGGAGCUCACCCGAGGCUUGAUGGCCACUGUAGUGCCAGCACGAAAUCUGAGCUGCUUCCAGUGCUUCAAGGUUCGCAGGGCCAGCCUGUGUCAUCCCAUGGAGUGCCAGCCUAGCGAAAAAGUCUGCGUGAGCAAUGAGGUUCUUCUUUACACGAGUACAAAGAGCAGGACUCAGAUCAGCAAGCGCUGUGCCAUCACUUGUCCCAACUCCAACGAUCUCUUUGAGUGGUCAGUGAAAAAUAUUCAGGCCAGGAUCACCAGACGAUGCUGUUCGUGGGAUCACUGCAACAGAGCACCUGACAGCUGGGAGGGGUUCAGAGCCUUACCAGGGAGGCUCCUGCUGCCAAUGGGUCUGGGCCUCUUCUGCAUCCUGUUGUGAGAAACAUUGUCCUGGGAUACCCUUCCCUGACACACACAGCCUCAAACCCCACCUUCAUCCAUUCCAGGACUUACAAGGCAAAGCACAGUCCCUGAGCUAGAAGGGAGGACACCAUACCCUUUGCUUAGGACCCAGGAGCCUGCUCCUACCUAACAUCCUGGCCCACAAAGAAUAAAACCCUUCUGCUCCUCA